AAAUAUUUGAAAUUUGGUGUCGUUCAAGUGUGGGAAGAGAGAGAGAGAGAGAAAGAUGGUAGAAUCUGGCGAGCUCCGCAGUCGAAUUGCAGAGAUUCAGAAGCUUUGCAAUGCUAAUGACGACGAAUUGGACAAUGACUCUGCUCUUCUUCAUUUUAAGACCGCACUGCAGCAGAUUGAUUCCGACUUCUCUUCUAUGGAAAUUCAAGAUGCUUACCUACACCAUUUGAAAGAGGAGCUUAACAACCUCCACCUUGAAACCGCCCAAGUAACAAAUCAGAUUCACCUUCUUUCCAAAACUCACAACGAUGAUUGUAUUCUCUUGGAGGCCAAACUUGGAGAAAUCGAUUGUUCUUUAGAUUAUAAUGUCACAUCUAAGUAUCAGAAGAACACAGCUGAAGGCAUUGAUUCCCCUAUGCUGGCAGAUGAUUGUCUAAAUUUGACCGUUGCAAAUCUAGACAAGAAUUUAGAGCAAUUCGAACUUGAUAAUAAGAUUGAUGAAAUGAAGUCGGUUCUAAACUCUCUCCAGAAUCUUCAGUUUACAGUCAAAUGGUUUGAAGUUGUAGAGCAGAUUGAGGAUGCAUUCACGGGGCUAAAAGUGCUUGCAUUCGAUGAGAAUUGCAUUCGUUUGUCAUUGAAGACUUAUAUGCCAACAUUUGAGGGUAUUUCCUACCUACCGAGAAUUGAAGCUACCGUUGAUGCAGCUGAACUCAAUUAUGAGUUAUUAAUUGAAGUUUUUGAGGGGACUAUGAGGUUAAAGAAUGUUCAGGUUUUUCCAAAUGAUAUAUAUGUGAACGACAUUGUUGAUACUGCAAAAUUAGUCAGCAAGUCCUCGUUGCAGUGGUUUAUACAGAAAGUUCAAGAUAGAAUUAUACUAAGCACACUUAGGCAUCUUGUAGUAAAGGAUGCUAAUAAAUCAAGAUAUUCGCUUGAAUACUUGGACAAAGAUAAGACUAUUGUGGCUCAUAUGGCUGGAGGAAUUGAUGCGUACAUAAAGUUGUCACAUGGUUGGCCUAUAUUUGGUUCUCCAUUGAAGCUGAUAUGUAUAAAGGGAUCAGAUGAUUUGAAGAGAACUUCUUUAAGUUUUCAUUGCAAAGUUGAGAAAUUGGCCAAUUCUUUAGAUACCCAUAUUCGGCAGAAUAUAUCAAGCUUCGUCGAUGCAGUUGAAAAAGUACUUAUGGAACAAUUGCAGCUUGAUCUUCGGGUCGGUGAUAAUUCAGGUUAAGGAUAUUAUCAUAUUUAAGAUGCUAAUUGUAGAUAUACCUCUAGAACCUUAAUUUGUGGUUGAAAUAUUGCUUCAUGUGCUGAAAGUCGUUUUCUACUGGAUGGAACAAAUGUUAUUAAUGUCUUGUAAAGAUGAUUUUCUGCAAUUUAGACAUGAAAGUCAUGUCAAAUAGGCAUAUGUGACGAUUGAAUGGUCUGAAACAGCUAAUUUAUUAGAUAUUGUACUUUGUUGCAACAAA